AUGGCGCAACAUGCGCGGAAGCGUGAUCAGCCUCAUGAUACGGAGCCAGCACCUACGCGCAAGACGAAAACCCGCACCCAGGGCCCUUUUGUGGACGAUGAUGAUGAUUCUACUGAGGAAUGUGAGAGGUCAACGCUGGGACCGCCUGCGAAGCGACCUAUGCGAGAGCAAUCCAACGACGACAGCGAACCUCGGUGCAUUGCGGCGGCAGAAUCAACUCCGACAGUAAUCGAAACGGCCGAAUCUGUCGAGACAGAAGAGCCUGCAGAUGUUGCAUCCGAUCUUACACAGCCAAGGGCUACUCCUUUGCCAGUAUUUUCUGGGUCCUUCUUUGCGAGCCUGCGGCCCACGAAAUAUGAUAUCAAGACCUGCAAUGGCAAGGCGUACUCAACCAAGCAGCGCCAAGUCAGCGCAGCUGUCUCGUACGAUCAUAUAGUGGCUGCCCGAUCCAAAACCAAAGAGGGCCGAGCGAAGCGCAGUUACUACGGAAUCGACAUUCACGAACUCAUGAAUAAUGCCAAGCAGGAGCUUGCUGAGCACACAGCCGAGCCGCGAAUUGUACCGGAUGUACCGCGAAAGUCGACCGAACAGCCCGAGGCUCUGCGACCGGGAAAGAAGAAUAAAAAAUAUCUUUUGUGGACCGAAAAGUAUCGUGCCAGAAGCUUCAUGGAUCUCUGUGGUGACGACGGCACCAAUCGCAUUGUGCUCCGUUGGCUCAAACGCUGGGACCCUGUCGUGUUCCCUGGCGCCAAGCCAAACUAUGGUGUCUUCAAACGGCUAGGAUCCAAACUACAAGUAGAAGAAGAGAAGCCUCAUCGAAGAAUUCUUCUUCUCACGGGCCCUCCUGGUCUCGGCAAAACCACGCUCGCCCACGUUUGCGCAAGACAGGCUGGCUACGAGGUUCUUGAAAUCAACGCGAGUGAUGACCGCAGUCGAGACGUGGUCAAGAACCGCAUUCGCACAAGUUUGGGCACUGAAAACGUCAAGAAUGUGGCAAAUCUAAAAGACAGCGAGGGACAUACCAAAGCGGCCAAGCCGGUCUGCGUCAUCGUGGAUGAAGUGGACGGCGUCGUGUCGGGCUCCGGAGCCUCUGGUGAGGGCGGCUUUAUCAAGGCAUUAAUCGAUCUUGUUCUACUAGAUCAGAAGAAUGGCGCGCCAGCUGCUCGCUCAUAUAACCGCUCGCGGAAGAAGAAAAGGGGGGACGAUUUCCGCAUGAUGCGGCCACUGGUUCUCAUAUGUAAUGAUGUCUACCAUCCGUCUCUCCGACCACUUCGACAAUCCAAUCUUGCUGAAGUUGUCCACGUCGGACGCCCGUCGAUUGACGCUGUUGUGGCCAGACUGAAGGCUGUGUUCGAGAAAGAGGGCAUUCCUUGCGACAAAGAUGCUUCAAGAAAGCUAUGUGAGGCAGCAUGGGGCAUGACCAGUGGAAUCGACGCAAGACGCGGCGCUGAGAGCACCGUCGAAGGCGACCUUCGUGGUGUCAUGGUAGUCGGCGAGUGGGUGGCGGCGAGGUUCCGAUCUACCUCGUUAGCGACGUCGUCUCAGCGCCUGACAAGGCAAUGGAUUGAAUCCCACAUCCUCAACGACCUCUCUAGCGGCGCAGCCGGAGCCAGAGGGCUCGGGCGUGGAAACGUCCGGGAUAUCGUGAGCCGCCUGUUCCAGGAAGGCGGCGGAUUUCCCAAGCAGGCCAUGGACCUGUCCGUAUCCAAAAACACACAGCACGAACAGCCCAAGACGGAGCUGGGCUUCAACGAGCAGGUCAAGAAGCACGGCAUGGACCGUCUUAGGCAGAUGGUCGAGACGAGUGGCGAGAUCAGCUACAUCAUGACAGAAAUCAUGGCUGAGUACCCGAACCGCGACUACAAUGACGACUUGUACCUCAGUAAACCCAACCAGGCGUACGAGUGGCUGUUCUUCCACGACGCCUGCCAGUCGCGGCUCUUUGCCAGCCAGGAGUGGGAGCUGUCGCCGUACCUGUCCCAGCCGGUCCUCGCGUGCCACCACCUAUUUGCCUCUCCCAGGCGCCACUACGCUCCCACCAGUGGCGGCGGCCGCUGGGGCGCCGAUGCGGCCAACGAGGACGCCGGCCCGCCGGUGCCGUUCUCGGGCCCCCGCGCCGACUACCAGGCUCGCGAAGCAGAGAAGCACAACCGCGCCGCGCUGCAGGCCAUGCAGAGCCAGCUGCCGGCGUCGCUGAUGCGCUCGUUCCGCAGCGCCGAGGACAUGGCCACCGACUUGCUGCCGUACCUGGCGCGCCUCACCUCCCCAGACGUCCAGCCCGUACUGCUUGGUGGCACCGAGGGCGUGAUUGCCAGCGUGCGCAAGGAGAGCGAGCGGAUCAUGGUGAAGCGUGCCGCGGAAGUGCUGGCCGAGAUUGGCAUUGAUCUGGUCAAGGGCAGGCUUGAGGGUGAGACCAAGUCGAGCCGCGCUGCGCAAUGGGUCUACCGCAUGGAACCUGAUAUUGACGCCCUCGCCAGCUUCGAGACGGGCGCCACGCUUCUCUCCGCACAGGUGCCAACGCGCUACGCCGUCCGCCAGGUCCUCGACCAGGAGCUGCGACGCACCCUGGCCCUGCGCGAGUGCCACGCCCGGGAGGCGCGCUUCCAGGCCGGUACCGACUCUACUACGGCGCCCCCUUCGACCGCAGCGGCGGCGGCGGCGGCCAUGGCCGCGCGGCUGCACCCGCACAACGACAAGGAAAAUACCGGCAGCGAGAAGAAGGCGACGGCGGUGCGGAGAGACUUUUUCGGGCGCAUCAUCGAGGUACGCACGGUGACGGAAAGCGGCGGCGGCGGGAAGAAGCACAAGGUCUGGGUGACGUACCACGAAGGCCUGAACAAUGCGGUGCGCAAGCCCAUUUCCGUUGCCGAGUUUUUGAAGCCGCUGUGA